AUGGGCAUUGGUGCGGUAGCAGAACCGUUGGUCGUCGUGACCUUGCUCUUCGGAGGGACCUGGGUGAAUCGCAAUAAAGACUACAAACUUUUCGGUCGACGAAAUUAUCACACACCCUCCCCUCGAUCAGUCUCGCCAGACUCCAAGUCAGGACGCUCCUCGUCAUCAUCAAGCGACUCCCUGCUGGCCAGCAUCGACGAAGUCCCUAAAUGGCGAACACGUGAGCUGCGAGUCUUUGGAUUCCGCAAAGAAGUCACAUCGCCAAACUCAAGGAGGUUCAAGGACUAUUUCCUGAGCCGAUUGCUCCAGAAAUUUCCUUUCCUGGUCGAGGCAUGGUACUGGGCUCUGAUCUACUGGGUCUACCAGCUGGGCCGUGCCUUCAGCGCUGUGACAAUGGUCGAGGGCACUGUGAAUGUCGCCCGCCGCCAUGCCCUGCAACUAAUACACCUUGAGCAAUCUCUCCACAUCUUCUUCGAGCUCGAUGUCCAGCGCUGGUUUCUCCAGCACCCGCUGCUUCUACACUGGACCAACAGGAUAUACAGCUUCAUCCACAUUCCCGGCACCAUCCUCUUCCUCGUGUUCCUCUUCUUCUAUACAACCAUGCAAAACCACGUCUCGCUCCCCACAUAUCACGAGCGAAACCACAAAUCGGCCUCGCCAAACCGCCAACCGCACGGCAGCCCCGCCGGGCCGAAGCUGUACGAAGCGCGCCGCCGCACGAUGGCGACUUGCAACCUGAUCGCCUUCAUAAUUUUCACACUCUGGCCAUGCAUGCCACCGCGCCUGCUGUCCGACCCAGACGUGCCUGGCGCCGUAGGGAAGGAGGCAAGGAGCUUUGGCUUUGUGGAUACAGUGCACGGCGCAGAGGGCGAGAGCUCAGUGUGGACACAGAACAAGUUCUGCAACCAGUACGCAGCGAUGCCGUCCUUGCACUUUGGCUACAGUCUUUUGGUGGGCCUGACGAUCAGCUGUCUUCCUUUGGCAGCGCAGCACCAGCGCUCGAGAACUUUGAGUAUGCGCACACCUUUCGCAGGAAAGACGCUUAGGCUUAGGCUACCAAGCGCUCGUCGUCUUGCCUGCUUGAUUAUCGGCUUUGCGUACCCCGCUGUCAUCCUGGUAGCCAUUGUGGCUACCGCUAACCACUUCGUCCUUGACGCAGUUGCGGGCGCCAUGGUGUGCGGACUAGCGUGGACUGGAAAUCGCGUGCUUCUGAACUUGCUACCGCUGGAGGACUACUUCUUGUGGUGUGUCAGGAUCGACAAGCCGGAGAGGCGAGCGGUGCUGUUGGAGGACGGAGAGGACGACGAGAGAGUGCUGAGCAAAGGUGUUGUCAUUCGAUGA